AUGAAUGAAGAAAUGAAUGAAGAAAUGAAUGAAGAAAUGAAUGAAGAAUUGAGCUUGGAUGUGUUAGCUGAACGAAUUGAAAAUCAAAUCAUGAAUGAAAGAAAAAUUUGGAAAAUUGAUGAAGAAACUUUAAAUGAAGUGUUCUCGCGAUUCUUGAAUAAAAGAGCUUUCCUUAUUAAGCCUGCGCUGAUAUAUGAAGCUCGCCAAAUCAAUGCUACAGCUCCUGGCUUUCCACUGCUAUUAGAAACUUCCGUAUAUAGUAUCGUAGCUGUUAAUGCAUCGAUUACUGGUGAAGAUGUGAUUGUAGACGUCCUAAAAUCAUUUCGAAUCAGAUCCUACAGUAUAGUUGAUGUAGCGCUUAGUAUGGAUGGCAUCGAAGAGAGCAUUCAGAUUUAUUUCAAGAAAAGAUUAAUUUUUAAAAUGGGUGAAGAUGGAAAAAUUUCGACAAAACCGAAGAAAAAAAGUAAAACUAUGUUUGAUUGGCGAUGGAAUGAAUAUUCUAUUAGCAUUCGAGACAAUAAAGUUCUUCGUGAAAAGGAAAAACGCCGACUCAAACGAAAGCAUCGCCUGUGGGUAAUUUUAGUUUCCUCUUUCAUUGUUUCUUUGUGGACUUUACGAUUAAUUGAUUACUUUGAAGUGCAAUAG